AAUAUUGUCAUUGUGUCCGAUUAAGGGCGGGUAUUAUAAAACUGCUUUGACAGUUAACUUGAAGUUAACUUUUUGAAUUACAUGUAAUUUUAGAAGUUAACUUUAAGUUAACUCUCAAAGUAGUUUUAUAAUACCCGUCCUAAGGAGUAUUUAUUGCAAAUCUAAAUAUUGUUGAUAGAAAGUCGAACUUAUUAGCUCAAUUGCACCAUUUAUAUUCAAAUUACUUGCGAUAAUAAUAUGGAAAUUUACGAGCAACAAGGCCAAGACAUCACAGCUUCAGAUAUGAUCCAACCAGAAGAAGAUAGCGAAAUAAAGAAAUUUUACAAAGGCUCUUGCAUAUUUAUAACUGGAGCUACAGGAUUUUUGGGAAAACUUGCCGUGGAAAAGUUGCUCAGGACAUGUCCGGACUUAAAGAAAAUAGUCAUACUUAUAAGAGCAAAAAAGGGCAAAGAUCCUAAACAACGAUUCGAGGACAUUUUUAAUGAACCAACGUUUGAUUUUCUGAAACGCAACGACCCAAACUUCAGAGAGAAAGUUUCAACAGUCAUUGGUGACGUUAGUUUACCGGAUUUGGGACUAAAUGAAGUGGACAAAGAUUUAUUGAUUCAAGAAGUUGAUUGUGUAAUGCAUUUUGCCGCUACAGUCAGGUUUGAUGAAAAAUUGAGGUUGGCAACGUACAUUAAUGUCAGAGGAGUUCGAGACAUUAUUUCGUUGGCUAAAAAUAUGAAAAAAUUAAGGGCCUUUUUGCAUGUAUCGACUGCCUUUUCAAAUUGCAACCAUAAAGAAAUAGAUGAGAGAUUUUACGAACCUCCUAUAACAGGAGACAAGCUAAUGAAUCUGGUAGAAUGUUUAGACGACGAUCAAUUAGACCAAAUAACCAAAACAAUACUCAAAGACUUUCCAAAUACGUACGCCUUUACCAAAUGUGUGGCCGAAGACGUGGUGAAAAAUGAAGGCAAAAAUUUACCAAUUGCUUUGGUUAGACCAUCAAUAGUUAUUGCCACAGUUAAAGAACCAGUAGCUGGUUGGAUAGAUAACGUAUAUGGUGCUACGGGAGUAUUACUAGGCGCAGCGGUAGGACUUUUACGAACUCUCUAUGGGAACAAAAAAAAUAACGCUGAAAUGGUACCUGCUGACUAUGUAAUUAACAGCUGUUUAGCUGCUAUGUGGGAUGUAGCGACAAUUAGGACCUUGAAUGAUAACAAAGAAAUUCAAGACGAAGAAAGCAGAGAAGAAAAAUUCGAUAAAGAGAUUCCAGUUUAUAAUUACGUCAGUACCCCACAAAAUCCAAUGACAUGGGAUGAUUUUGAACAAUUAUCAUCGAAACAUUGCAAACAAAUCCCAUCUGAAAAAGUAAUCUGGCAUUGUAUGUUCAAAAUGAGAUCGAAUUAUUACGAACACAUGAUUGCAUUGUUCUUUUUGCAUACUGUUCCAGCGCACAUUGUGGAUUUCGUGUUAUUAUGUUUAAGAAAAAAGCCGAUGCUUGUCAAAGGUUAUCAAAAAAUCAACAAAUUUGCCGACGUCUUGGCUUUCUUCACAUGGAACCAAUGGAAAUUCAAUAAUAACAAUAUACAAUCUUUAUGGAAACGAAUGAAGAAACACGACCAAGAACUUUUUGAGUUUGAUAUCACAAGACUGAACUGGGAUCUUUAUUUUUACACAUACUGUAGAGGUGCAAGAGUUUACUUGCUCAAGGAUCCUCUAGAAACAAUUCCUCAAGGCACCAUAAAAUACUACAAAUUAAUGUUUCUCCAUUACACAAUACUGACAGUGCUGGGAUUGUUCUUAUUGAAAUUUGUCGCUGGACUUUUUAGUUUAUCAUUUAGUGCUGUCUUUUAGAGGGUAUUUAUUAGUUUCAAUUUCAAAUAGAAGAGCAUUUUUGGAACUGCAAUAUUAUUUGAGAUAAAUACAAAUCUGUGUGUUUGAAAAAUUGGUUUUAUGUGAAAUAACGUACUUAGGUCAUGAUAAUUGUGUUAUUUUUGUCUAGAUUUUUAGAGUUGUUCAUACAAAACUUAAAUGGGUUGCCAGUAGUUAUAAUAAAUAGGUUACAUGUUCUAUGUAAUUGGAUGUACAUUUGUUUGAUGAAUAAAUAAUAUGUAUUAAUUUA